AUGGUUGCCAUGUACACUAUCGCCGGCCGUCAGGUUGGAUCGCACGUCCUCGCGAUCGCCACCCUCGCAACCACCUUCUCCAUCGCCGCCUUCUCCCUCUCCGGCGGCGAGAAGGUCGACAAGACCCAGCCGCCGAUCAACGCCAAGAGCAAGGACGAGGAGAGCUUCGUCAAGAAGUUCGUCCAGAAGGCCGAGGAGAAGGUCGCCGGAAAGAACUAG